GCUCAACGUCUUCAUUCUCUCCUACACAGAUGCCCUAGCCGUGUACUGUACAUCCAGUUCCCAGAGUGAGUGUUCCUGUUCUACGCGAUGCUCUCCAGCCCAAGAUUAUGUUGGAAGCAAAUCAACAAUGACUUGGGUUGGGAACUUAGUUAAAUCAUGAAUUAUAUCACUAUUCUUUUUAUUUCUUGAAGCUGUACUCAAUGAUCAAAUGGACCAUGAAACUUUGGUGCCUCAUUUCCCUCCAAAAACCUCUUCUCCAGCCACUUUACCUACCAACCCAUUUUCUCCUUUCUGCUAAACUUAUCCAAACCUACGCUAAAUUUAGCGGAGACCCACAAACCACAACAGCUAUUUUAAGCUCUUUCCAUGCAAAAAUCUUCACACCCCCCACCUCUAUAUCUUACUCUAAGCUCCUCUCACAAUGCACUGCUUCCAAGUCUGUGACUUCAGGUAUGGAAGUCCAUGCUCACAUGAUCAGAUUUGGAUUAUCUGAGGACCCCAGUUUUCGGAAUCAUUUGAUUAGUCUGUACUCAAAGUGUCGGUGUUUCGGGUAUGCACGGAAGCUGGUUGAGGAAAGUUCUGAACCGGAUUUGGUUUCUUGGUCUGCUUUGAUAUCUGGGUAUGCACAAAAUGGGCUUGGUGAGGAAGCCCUUUUGGCCUUUCAUGAGAUGCAUUUGUUGGGUGUUAAGUGCAAUCAGUUUACGUUUCCUAGUGUUCUUAAGGCGUGCUCGAUGACAAAGGAUUUGGAGCUGGGGAAGCAGGUUCAUGGCAUUGCAGUUGUGACAGGGUUUGAGUCCGAUGUGUUUGUUGCAAAUACUUUGGUUGUUAUGUAUGCAAAAUGUGGGGAGUUUGGGAGUUCGAGGAGACUGUUUGAUACAAUUCCUGAGCGGAAUGUUGUUUCGUGGAAUGCGUUGUUUUCUUGUUAUGUGCAGGGUGAUUUCUGUGGAGAAGCAGUGGAUUUGUUUCAGGAAAUGAUUUUGAAUGGAAUUAGACCUAAUGAGUUUAGUUUGUCCAGUAUACUGAAUGCAUGCUCAGGUUUGGGGGAUGAUAGUCAAGGAAAGAAAACCCAUGGGUAUUUGAUAAAGCUUGGGUAUGAUUCUGAUCCAUUCUCAGCAAAUGCACUUGUUGAUAUGUAUGCAAAAGUAGGAGAUAUUGAAGAUGCAAUUGCUGUUUUUGAGGAAAUAGCAAGACCUGACAUCGUUUCCUGGAAUGCUGUUAUUGCUGGCUGUGUUCUUCAUGAGUACCAUGGUUGGGCUUUAAACUUGUUUGCGCAAAUGAAAAGGUCAGAAAUAUGUCCAAAUAUGUUUACCUUAUCUAGUGCUCUUAAAGCUUGUGCUGGCUUGGGGCUCAAGGCAUUGGGUAGACAGUUGCACUCUAGAUUGAUAACAAUGGAUAUAGAAUCAGAUUCGUUUGUGGAUGUAGGACUGAUAGAUAUGUACUCAAAGUGUGAUAUGAUGGGUGAAGCGAGGAUGGUUUUUUAUUUGAUGCCAAAAAAGGACUUGAUUGCAUGGAAUGCUGUUAUCUCUGGACAUGCAUACAAUGGAGAAGACAUGGAGGCUGUAUCCCUUUUCACUGAGAUGUUCAAGGAGGGAAUUGGAUUCAACCAGACUACAUUAUCCACAGUCCUAAAAUCUACAGCUAGUUUGCUGUAUAUCAAUGUUUGUAAACAAGUUCAUGCACUUUCUGUAAAAUCAGGUUUUCAUUCUGACAAUUAUGUUGUAAACAGCAUUCUUGAUACAUACGGAAAAUGUAGCCAUGCUGAAAAUGCUGCAAGAAUUUUUGAAGAAUGCCCAAUUGGAGAUCUGGUGGCUUUCACAUCCAUGAUCACAGCUUACGCUCAAUAUGGUCAAGGAGAGGAAGCACUAAAGCUCUAUUUGCAAAUGCAAGAUAGGGGAAUCAAGCCGGAUCCAUUUGUUUGCAGUUCCCUUCUGAAUGCCUGUGCAAAUUUAUCAGCAUAUGAACAAGGAAAACAGAUACAUGUCCAUGUUCUGAAGUUCGGAUUCAUGUCUGAUGUCUUUGCUGGGAAUUCCCUAGUCAACAUGUAUGCAAAAUGUGGAAGCAUCGAUGAUGCAGACUGUGCUUUCUCUGAGAUACCUGAGAGAGGAAUAGUUUCUUGGUCUGCAAUGAUUGGGGGACUUGCACAGCAUGGGCAUGGGAAACAGGCCCUCCAACUGUUUAAUCAGAUGCUUCAUGAUGGUGUCCCCCCCAAUCACAUAACUUUAGUUAGUGUCCUUUGUGCAUGCAAUCAUGCGGGUCUGGUAACUGAAGCCAGACAUUAUUUCAAUUCAAUGGAAGAGUUGUUUGGUAUUGAACCAAUGCAAGAGCAUUAUGCUUGUAUGAUUGAUCUCCUUGCCCGUGCUGGAAAAUUAAAUGAAGCAAUGGAACUAAUGAACAUGAUGCCAUUUCAAGCUAAUGGUUCAGUUUGGGGUGCACUUCUUGGAGCAGCAAGAAUCCAUAAAAAUGUUCAUCUGGGCCAACAUGCUGCUAAGAUGCUUCUAACUCUUGAACCAGAGAAAUCUGGUACCCAUAUUCUUCUUGCAAACAUUUAUGCAUCAGCUGGCAUGUGGGAAAAUGUUGCAAAGGUAAGAAGGCUUAUGAAAGAUAGCAAUGUGAAGAAGGAACCUGGAAUGAGUUGGAUUGAGGUCAAAGACAAGGUAUACACCUUUAUUGUGGGAGAUAGAAGCCAUUAUAGAAGCAAGGAAAUAUAUGCCAAGCUUGAUGAGCUGGCUGACCUUAUGAAUAAAGCUGGCUAUGUUCCCAUGGUAGAGAUUGACCUCCAUGAUCUAGAACAUAGUGAAAAGGAGCAGCUUUUAUUCCACCAUAGUGAAAGGCUUGCAGUGGCUUUUGGUUUGAUUGCUACUCCACCAGGAACUCCAAUUAGGGUGAAGAAGAAUCUUCGAAUCUGUAUGGAUUGCCAUGCUGCAUUCAAGUUCAUCUGUAAAAUUGUCUCAAGGGAGAUUAUCGUGAGAGAUGUCAAUAGAUUCCACCAUUUUAAAGAUGGUUUGUGUUCUUGUGGAGACUAUUGGUGAUUUUUUGUGGGGGAGAAGUGUUACCUUUCUUUCCAACCAAGUAUACCUCUGACACAAGAGCAUAUUGGAGGCCUAUCAUGAACCUAUGGCCUUUUCUUACUGUGAUUUGUGUUUUAAUGUCUAGGUGACUCAUCUUUUGGGGGCUCUAAAACAAAUGCAAAUGAUGCCAAUGAGCUCUAGCUCAAAAUUCAAAUGGUGCUUACUACUUAGGCUUUGUUUGGUUGGGAGAUGGAAAAUUGGAGGGAUAGAAAAUGGUGGGGGAUGGAAAGUGGAAGGAUAGAAGAGUUAAAUAAGGACCCCAAGAUUUUCCCUAUGAAUAUUGCUUGUUCUAUGUGACUUUUGUUCCUCUUCGGUGGAUAUACUCUCAGUUCAAGAAAUGGCAUUACUAUCUUUUGAUAUUUGUAUGAAUUUGGAGGGUUGGAACCAGUUGGGGACUGGACUAGAAUCAGUCACAGUGAUGUCACAUAUUUGUGUGCAAUCAACAGAUUGCAGUGGUGAGGUGCUGAGGAAAGACUUCUUGUCAAAACAUUUGACAAAAACAUGCACCGUUAAAACUUGUUUCUUUCUUUCGCCGUUAUUUAUAUUGUUUCUUAACUUCUAAUGGAAGUGAAGAAUGGUAAUUUGUGAGGGCUGUGAAUGAGAUUUUGGAGACUAAUGGCUGCUAAUGGAGGACUUAACAGAAGACUAACGGAGGAUGCUUGCUACUAUGCGUAUAUAAUCUUCUUGGUCAAACCACUAUGGUUUGCUUCUCAUUUUCUGAGGUGAAGUAUCCAGCAACCAUGGCUGCAGCCAUGCACCCGGAAGGAACUUCUUGCAAAGCUUCUUGGCCAUAUGUGGAGGGCAAAACUUACCCUUGAACAUAGCUAUUAUUUGGUUCAAUUAGUUGCUUAUACCCAUGGCUGGCUCUCCAUUUUCUCAUUGUUAAUGUCCUGGGUCAACAAAGGCUGUUAAGAGAUCCUGAAGUCAUUUCUUACAGGUGUCUCACUGCACAUUUACAUCUGUUGUGCGAUUAUAACUGGCCAUAAAAUUAAUUUGCUAUUAUUUAAUUUUUUUUGGAUAGAAUUUUGCCUCCAAUUACAACCCCCCCACCCCCAAAAAAAAAAAGAAAAAAGAAAAAUGUUUUUUGUCCCACUCUCCUGUCUACUUACUUGGUGGCGCUUAAUUGGUUUGCUAGGGGAUCAAAAUCGCUUAUUCAUGUUCAUUGUGUGCCAAGCCUUGUUUACUGUAGCAACCAUGGCACUUACAGUCCCCAUCCUGUCAUAUAAUUGCAUGUGAUUUUCCAAAUACCAAGUGUUUCUGCAUCUUUGUGGAAUGGUGGAAGCUUUCUGCUAGAUGUAAUGCCUAGGUGGGUUAUUCUCAAGGAGAAGAAAUCGGAAAUGCAGCUGAUACAAACUCAGCAAGAUCAAUCCUCAGGUGUGAUGGAAUAUUCCAUGAUGAUGAAACCCUACUGAGAUAAACCAGUAGAACUUUUUUUAACAGUAUACUUUGUAGAAGUAGUCAUGACAAAUUAGUCAUAGUAGAAAUUUUUUAAUUGUAUCAAGUGUUUCUUUAGCGGAUCAGUGUUAAUGAUUUGUUUAUUAAGUUGGAUCUUGGGGCUUUGUGAAUAAUUCUCAUUUGCUAUAUACACAUUUACAGAUUGAAAUUUUGUAGAAUUCAGAUUGGACUCUGAUCAUGGCAGUGUUUCAACUUUCAAGACAACAAUGUCCCGCUGUGUAUUGUGAUAAAGUGCACCCCUGUAUUAC